AUGCCACACACAGGUCAGUCCGGAGUGAACCAGCUGGGCGGCGUGUUCGUCAACGGGCGGCCGCUUCCCGACUACGUGCGCCGCCGAAUCGUCGAGAUGGCGCUGAUGGGCGUGCGGCCCUGCGACAAUCUCCCGGCAGCUCCUCGUCUCCCCGGCUGCGUCUCCAAGAUUCCUCACCAGGUUUACGAGACAGGUUCCAUUAAGCCGGGCUCCAUGGGGGUUCAAGCCCAAGUUAAGCAAGUCGCCACGCCCACCGUGGUCAAGAAGAUCCUGCGGCUGAAGCAGGACCCCGGGAUGUUCGCCUGGGAGAUCCGCGAGCAGCUGUCGGCGCAGCGCGUGUGCGACCCCGCCUCCCUCCCCUCCGUGUCCUCCAUCAACAGGAUCCUGAGGAACUCGGGCCUGUGGACGCCCCACGAGGCCGCCGCCGCCGCCGCCGCCGCUGCAGGAGCCGGCCAGGGGCGCUCCGGACACGCCGCCCUCGCUGUCUCGGCGGCGGCCACGGUGGAGGAUAAUUUUGAGGAUUUUGAGAAUUAUGAAGAAUUUGAAGAUUUUGAGAAUCUUGAGAAAUUGAGACUGAGGAUUCAGAGAGGGAGAAGGGAUUGGAGGAUGAGGGGAAUUGUGAGGAUUGUGCGUUGGAGUUCAUAUUUCCUAUUUCUUCCUUUCCUCAAUUUCAUUCAUGUUAACCUAAGAAUUCGGAACCGAAGUCCUAAAAAUCCUCGCCUUCUGCCUCCGUCCUCCCCUUCCGCAGACACGCGGCUCCUCGCCUUCCGAGAUCCAUUUCAAUCAGCAUCUCGUCACUGGAACUAA